AUGUUUAAACCCAAAAUGAUUGAAAAUGAAAAUAUUCUGUAAUGUAUUAAAAAACACAGUCAUCCUAUUACAUCUGUUAAUCUAGAUCCAAAUAUAGAAAUGGAAAAGAGGUUCUUAUGUGAUGAAUGCUUAAAGGAUUAUAAAUAAAAGCCAAAGUUUUCUAAAAUUUAAUCUAUUUUUCUUGAUAUUGAAGAAGAGCAAAACAAAAAAGUAAAAAUAAUUGAAAACAUUAUAUUAACAAAUAUAAGACAAGUAGAAGUAAUAAAAAAUCAUCUUAAUUCGUUAAGGUUCAAUAUCAUUCAACUAUUAGAUGGAAUGAUAAUGACAACAAAUGAUUGGAUAUAAACUCUAAUGUAAAAAGGUAUUUAAUGCUAAGAAUAUAGUAUUAUAAAAGAAAUAGAUAAUUUUAUUAAUUAAGUGUAAUCCAAUGAUCUAAAAAUACUUAAUAGUCAAAUUUUAUAAAUUAAUGAAACAUGGAUUCCAAAAGUUAAUUCAAAAUUAAAUUAGUUUAUAAACUUUUAUCAAUAUAUUAAUUGUAAAAAAGCAAUUGAUGAUUUGAAGAGUUUAAAUGUUUAAUUAGAAUAAUUUGAAUAAAAUAUUGGAUAUUAAUAAAAGUAAUAAGAUUCGAUAAAACUUUAAUUGAUUGAUUCCUUCAAACAAAAGGAUCGAUGUAGAGCUAUAGCUUUUGAUUAGUCUGGAUAAAUUAUGGUAACAAGUUCUAGGAAAUUCAUUAAAAUAUGGAAAUUUAUUGAUGGAAAAUAUAAGUAUAUUCAAACUUUGGAAGGUCAUAGUGAUUAUAUUUUUUGCUUUGUAUUUAGCAUGAAAUAAUAGGCAUUUUUAUCAGGGUCAGUUGAUAAAUCAAUUAAAUUAUGGAAAUCUUCAUUUGAAACUUAAUUUUAGUGUACUAUAGCUGUAGAGUUUCAUACUGCCUGGGUAUUGAACAUGAUCUUGAAUUAAAAAGAAGAUUUACUCUUUUCAGGUAGUCGAGAUAGUACUAUAAAUGUUUGGAAGGUAGAUUUAUUGUAAAAUCAAUUAAAUUAUCUUUACACAUUAUAUAAGCAUACUAAGGAUGUUGAUGCUUUGAGUUUGAAUUAAUCAGAGUCUACAUUAGUAUCGUAUGGUUUGGAUAAAUAAAUCAUAAUUUGGAUGAAAAAAAGUGAAGAUAUUUAUGAAUUUAAAUAUGUUGUUAAAUAAUCAAUUGAUAUUGAUGGAUGCAAGGUUAAGUUUUUAAAAGAUGAUGUAUUUAUUUUGGUCACUGGUAGUUAUUAAUUAGACAAAGUUUUUAUAUUUGAAUUAAAGGAUGGUGUAUUCCAAGAAAAUAACGAGUAAUCUAUUCAAUUAAUAGAGAAUAAUUAAAUUGAAGAUUAUGGAUUAUGUCCUAUAGUUUAUAAUUAAAACAACAAUAUUAUCUUUUUAAGACAUAAAAAACACAUCUAUUUAAUAAGACAAAGUACAUCUGGAAAAUUUUAAAUUGCAUAGAUAUUGAAUUGUGAAACAUAAAGUAUUGAUGGAGGAAUGACCAAUAAUGGAAAAUAUUUAGUUUUUUGGGAUUAUUAAACAAAAAAUUAUUCACAAUAUUUAAUUGAAUAUUUAUGA